CAUAUGAAGAUUCAUAGAAAUCACAAGAACGCAUCUCCCCUCUCUUGCCCCAUAUCAUGAUGACGUCAGCCCAUCAAAGCAACACCUCCAGCUUCAAACCACGCAGGAUCAAGACGAUGACGAAGCCACCACGUCAGAACAAUAACAGAGAACCGUCGUCUCCAGCGACGCAGCCGGUUCUGAAGUGUCCGAGAUGUGAUUCAGUCAACACCAAAUUCUGCUACUACAACAACUACAGCUUGUCUCAGCCACGUCACUACUGCAAGAACUGUCGCCGUUACUGGACACGUGGAGGCGCCCUACGUAACGUCCCCAUCGGUGGCUCAACCCGAAACAAGAACAAGCCUUGCACCCUCCACGUCAUCUCUUCUCCUCCUUUGUUCUCGACCGUGACGCCAUCGUUGUCUCGCGAGCUUGUAAGAAACCAUCCUUCGACGGCGAUGAUGAUGAUGAGUUCCGGUGGAUUCUCCGGCUACAUGUUUCCGUUGGACCCUAACUACAACCUUGCGUCAUCUUCUUCCAUCGAGUCUUUGAGUUCCUUUAACCAAGAUUUGCACCAGAAGCUUCAACAACAGAGACUCGUCACUUCCAUGUUUCACCAAGAUUCUCUCCCGGUUAACGAGAAACCGGUUAUGUUUCAGAACGUAGAGUUGAUUCCUCCGCCGACGGCUACGACGGAUUGGGUUUUCGAUAGAUCCGCCAUGGGAGGAGCAACCAGUGGUAGUCAUGAAGAUAAUGGUGAUGGUGAGGGCAAUAUGGGAAAUUGGUACCAUAAUGCUAGUAAUAAUGCUAUGCUCUAAUUAUCACUGUAAUUUACCAUUAUUAGUCUCUAAUAUCUGUAGCUAGCAUGCAGAAGCUAUGGAUGAAAAAACCUUAGUAUUAAUCCUUUUCUCUUUCUUGUAAUUUUUAGCAUAAUAAAUUGCUUAAUUUCCUAGCAAAUAAAAAAAUGAACUUUUGAAUUUUAA